AUGCCACAUGGUCUAAGAUGCUACUGCACUGUGGGUCUUGCAACUAGUCUAAGCACCGAUUCUUUGUCUGCCCUGAGCCUAAGGCUUGCAUAUGCUGUCGGUAGAAUAAGCCUGGAUAUAUCUGCGAUUGCUGGUCUAAGAACACUUAUAAAGCCUAAAUACGAAAUAGAAUUGUCUUUCCCAGGCUACUACAAAUUGUUCGAGGAUCUUGAUUCUUUAAGCAAUCAUAUAACAUAUUUUCAUGGCUUAACAGAGUCAAAAGAAUUGGAAUUUGACGAAUCGCUGGUGAAUGCUCAGAAGCCUUUAGAACUGCACAUGCCCAGAGAAUCAACAGAAAAUUGUCAAACAAACAAUCGAAUUAUCAGAAAUGUUAUUUCGGCCUUAAAUUUGAUACCUUUUGAUGUAGAGUCUGACCCCACGAAUGAUAACCAACACAAAUUUACUGCCCUAACCUCAGCUACAUUGUUCAAAAGAGUUCUUGAGUUUAAAGAAGGAGACACGAAGAAAUUAAAACUAAACACUCCUUACGAAAGCACCAUUUCAGUUGCUGAUUGCAUACAUAUCAAUGACACAUCCAACAACCAACCUUUGAAUGAAAUUCUAGAAUUAAGUCCAUAUCGCCAACUUCUAGCAUUGGAAAGUUAUACAAAAAUUAUCGAAGAAAAUAUCGAGUUAUUGAACGCUCAUUGGAGAAAACAAUCCUGGAUGUCCAUGGGUGUCUCCCAGCUGUUGACCGGUGCUUUCGUAGUAUAUGGCAAAAAAGCACUUCUUUUAAAUGGUGUCGAGUCUUACAGUAGAUACCCCUGUAUUGAUGUGCACUUUGAAAAAGUACAACCAACUCAAGAAUCAUCAACACCAGAUCUCAUGUCACAAUACCCCAAUAUGUUGAAAAUAACUAAAGUAUAUUUCGAUAAUUCGGGAAAACUAGUACUUGGAACAAAGGCAUUCAACAUAUUGGUAAUCUCAAAACACUACGGAUUCAUCAAAUGGAAAAAUACUACACAUGAGAAUGGAUCCUUUAGUCUACAUAAGACAGCUACGAUCAAGAUUCCACCAAAAAAAGUACAUAUUCUCUUGCCCGAUUUUAUAGCAUUUUCACUCAAGAGCUUACCGUUCAACUUUUUUCCAUUUACACGCUUGAUCGAAAAUCAUGGAAUUGAUUGGAAAUUCGGUACACGAGGAAAGCCAUCCAUCUUUAUUAAAAGAAGAUGUUGCAGCAUUGAUACCAAAGAAUUCUAA